AUGUUCCGGAGACGCGCGCUGCGGCGGCGGCUGCAGGCGGCCGGCGCGCCCGCCGUGCCCGACGCCGUGCUGCGGCGGCUGCUGCGAGCUGUGGACGCGGGCCCGCGCGCAGCCGCCUGCGUGCCCGCGCCCGCUGCGCCGCCACAGCCGCUGCGGCUCGCCGUGGCCCGCGCCUGCCGCUUCCCCGACGUGCGCCACGCCGCCCAGCUGCGCCCCAUGCCGCACUGCACGGACCAGCUCUGCUGCAACCCCUACCACUUCAGCCGGCUCUGCGAACCUGAAUCCCCGCCACCCCCCUACAGUAGAAUAGCAAUGGAGGAAGUAAAACCCAAGGAGAAGGGGCAGAGUCCUCAGGAUGCGCGGAGGACCAACCACGAGCGGCUGGCGACCGGCUCACUGGCCACCGACGGAGAAGAACGUCCGAACUGGGAGUCGGAGUGGUGCCGGCUGGCUUACUGGGAGUUAUCCCGACGUGUGGGUCGCCAGUUCAGUGUGCGGGUGCGAGCCGUCGAUGUGUUUGGGGGCGAGGGAAGGGGACGGGGGGACGAGGAGUCGCCACGCCACGGACUGUGUCUGGAUGCGCUGGAUCCGAACCAACCGCAAGCUGAACAGGUGCGGAAGACGCGCGCCAAGAUCGGUCUGGGAGUGACGCUUGCUCGCGAGGCUGACGGCGUGUGGGUUUACAAUAGAAGCUCAGAGCCUGUGUUCGUGAGUUCGCCCGCGUUGGACGCGGCGGCAGCACGUGCCCUGCUGGUGUGGCGACUGGCGCCUGGCCACUGUCUGUGCGUGUUCGACCCCGCCGCGCCCCCACCGCUCGCCGCGUUGCCCCACGUGGGGCCCGUCGACCCCCGCUCCGUGCGCAUCUCCUUCGCCAAGGGCUGGGGCCCCAAGUAUUCGCGCCGUGACGUCACCGCUUGCCCCUGCUGGCUCGAGGUGCUGCUCGCUCCCCGGAGCUGACGCAGCCGGUCAUGUGACGUUUGAUAGAUUGAGUCUGUGAUUACUCUAUGGUUUAUGAAACUUGUCAGUGCCCAGUGACACAAAGUGAAGUGACAUACUGAAUUGUGAAUAUUUAGUCAAACUACCAGAAGGUACCUAAUAUAAUUUGCAUUUUGUAUCCAGCUCGUAUGAUUUUAUCUGGCAACAUUACAAUACAAUCAAUUCUUAAACAAAUUUCUAUUAUAUAUGCCGAUUGUUUUACAAUGAAAUGACAGAGUUAACAUCCGUAUUAAGCCCUGAAAUUCUAUAGAGUUUGCCUGUAUCUUUGGUAUUUUAGACAGUAAUACCCAUCUUAUGUGAUAUUAAUACCCAUAAAACUUAAACAAAGGGGGAUAGCCCCUUAUUCAUAAUAGUCUGCUAACUUAAAGCAUUGCUAAUUCUCACUCUGUCUUCUUCUAUUGACCUAAGUCAGAAUGAGAAAAAACACUCCUAAGCGGCUGUUUAAAGUUAGCGGACCAUUAUGAAUAAGGGUUAGUGACCAAAAUCUUUUGCAAAAUACCUAUUACAAAGAAAAUAAUCCAAUAAAUAAUUAUGAGUAAUAAAACUUGAGAAUAUGAUGGCUUAGUAAAAAUUAUGAAUUGAUGUCAAGUGUUUAACAAACAAUAUUAAGAAAAUAGAUAUCAUAAAUGUCAUUUUAAUGCUAAUAAUAGCCAGAAAAAAACAUAUAAAGCAAAAAUUAUGUAUAUGUAGACCUGUGUUUAUAGAAUCUUUCGGAUGGUACAUGAAACAAAUUAGUACUUACUUAUGUUUAAUUAUUUGUUGAACUUGGAUAUUUAAUUGAGCAACAGUUAUUAUGAAUCAAUUUUUAAUUUUUGUCUAGCUGUUGAUAUAAUAAAAAGAAUUUCCCAGUUAAGUUUUCGUUCAUCCAAGAUUUUCUAUAUCCAAGGUACCUAAUCUGUUUAUCCACAGCCUUAUAUUAGGGAUCGGUCUCUACUCUGCAAUUAGAUACCGCACUACCUACGAACAAUAGCUGUUUUAUUACGGCAACUAUUAGAUGCUUGUGUGCGUGGCAUCUUGACACUCAAUGGCAUGAGGCAUCUUUCAAAUUUUGUAACAUACGCUUCGUGUUGUUUUACAUUCAAAUUGUCUUUCUUAUUUCUUGUAGUAUUAUUUUUACAAAGUUUUACUACGCAACCCGGCAUUUAAGUUACAAUUAUUAGCAAAGUUUAAUAGAACAUGUGGCACUUCAACGUCACACAUUGUUCGAGAUUUAUCUCGAUAAUGCCUUACACUUGGGCGUAGUAUUAGUCUGCGGUAUCUAGUUGGAGCGCAGCGGAGACCAAUCCUUAAUCUAAGUCCACAGGUAUUUAUUGUAAAAAUGUAUAGAUAAUAAUGUAAGUAACGUGAGACUGUACAUAGGAGACGUUAUGUAAAUUAUUUUAUAUUUGUAAUUAUUUAUAACAUUAUAUGCCUUACCUUAGAGUUAUUUAAGUAGGUUAGUAGCAGGUUUGUAUAAGCCGGUUUCGUUUUUUUAAACAACAAUUUACCUAUAAUUUGUAUGGGGAAGCAAGUGCAGAUUCAGUUCGAAUAUUUGGCAACAAUAUUGUCGUCAUACUUGCUGCAAAAUUAAUUGAAUAAACACACUUAAAACUUAUGGGCUUAACGGACAGAUUAAUUAUGGACAGACUAAUAAAACUAAGAAAAAAGCGAUUCACUCCAUUGUAUGAAACGUGCAGUCAUUGACAGAUGAUGGCUAUCUUGUAAAAAAAAAUGAGAUCGCGGCACUCGACUACUUUUUAAGCAAUUAUUCGCUUUCAAACUUAGCCGGAUUAUACUUCGUCGCCAAUCGCUACUGUAAUUCCUAGUAUUUCAUCCUUAUGUCAAAUGAAUGCAUGUUUUAUACUAAACUAAAUUUGAAUUUUUACUUAGGCAGUCCCGCCUGUUAUUACGUAGUAUUUACAUCCUCUUUGUUGUUGGAAUCUUAUAUCACUUAAACGUCUAAUAUUGACUACGACAGCUGUGAAAACGUCGAAAACAAUAGACUUUAGAACUAACCUCUAUUUUACAAAUCGCGAGUGGAAGACGUAGCUUGUCACUUACGCUUAACUAAUAUGCCUGGCCUGUUUUGAUCGGUUGUCUUACUACUACUAAAAGACUCUAUCUACACGUAUCUAAGGCUGGAAUAAGACAACUUGAAAACUGCGAAUAUUUCGCUACAAAUCGAAAUUUGCAGCAUAAAAUUAUUAGCAUCAAUAUUGCAAUGUAGAGAAAAUAUAACUGUUUUUUUGAGGCAUAAUGAAAACUUGUAACUAAUGCUAUAAGAAUAGGCUUAGAAUAUAUACUCGUUGUUUUUUCUUUCAUAAAAAAAGUGUGUGUGUACUUAUGUGUGCACGCAAGAAGUUAUACUUCUUUGGCCUAACAAAGCAAAAAUAAUUAAAAUUAUUUAUUCCUUGUGCUAUUCUACGUUUAGAAAGAGUGUUGUAGAAAGAACAGUAUUGUAAAAAUUUGGAGAGAAGGCUUUGACAAUUAAUUAUUAAAUAACGAAUACGGCUGUACGGGCUUGAACCCUUUGCCUAACCUAAUAAUGGACGAAGAAAAAAAAUAAUGAAUGUCGCAAACGUCUGAAAAUUUUAGGAACCAACUUCACCCUGUUACUUUUGUGUUAAAGCGAUGCGCGCGAAUCUUAAAAUUUCACUCUCAUUAUUUUUUCAAAACGCGCCUUACGAAGUAUAUCUUCAACAUACCUGUAUAUUUUGAUAAUAUUAUUGUCUAAUUUCUUUCUGAAUCCGCACCUGCAGAGAAGAAGGGAAGGCUGUGUGCAUUUUACAGACUUCAAUUAACUUACAUGUAUCUUAUAUGUGAUACGGGAUCAACAAUAUAAUAUACCUAUAUAUACACAAAGAUCUGUCAUGUUGUGAAAAUGAGACGGUGCAAUCAAAUUAGUAAUUUUAAGAGAGUAUGAACUUUGUGCCUUGUGUUGUAUUCAAUAUUAAUAUAAUCCAAACUAGGAUAGGCCCAGGUGCUACAGAUUUGUGUAUUUGGUCUUUAAAUUUAAGGCGACACUAAAUGCCAGCGACCUUGAGCGAUAGAGUUCACGGCUGCCGGCCCACCAUCUAUGUAACAAAGCCAAUAUUUUCAAAAUUCUUGGGUGGAAAACAGUUAAUAUGCUUACAAUCCUCGUUAUUCACUACUAAUCUGAAUAAAUGAACCUACACAAAAAAGUACAAGCUAUAAGAAUAACUUUUCUGAGAGAAGUACCAAAAAACUGCGUCACACCAUGCCAAAAAACUUGUUUAACUUCAAAGAAAAGUGGUAGUUCAAAAAGGCGCGGCAGUGUUAACUAUAACCAACAGCAAGCAUUAGCAACCUACAAAUAAGACUUAAGGAUAUGUGUAACAGGACUAAGUAGUGUUCAUAGCUCGAAAUGCUAUACUUUCACCACAAAACUUGUCUAAAAACACCAUGUUUGCGUGUUUUCUGCUUACUCUUCGCCUUAACAAAAUGUACCCUAAACAUAGAUUAUAGAAGAAACACAAACAGAAUUGUUCAAAUAUUAUAUUUUGUUCGAGAAUGAACUGUAUCUAAUGACCACAUACACAAUAAACGUAACGCCAUACUUGAAGUCAAUUUAACUGGCCUAUAUAUUGUGUAUAUAACAAUAAUUAUGAUAAUGUAAAGCUCGAAUUUUAUAAAUGCUUAGACGAAGCGAGUUUACUUGACAAUAAGAAUUUCUAGUCUUUAUAACGCUUGCUUUGUCUUUUUGGAAGGGCCAGUUUUAAAUAAUUUAUCACAUUGUUGGAUAUACUCUGUAAUUUUUUACUCUGGAAUGCAGUAGUUUAGUUCUCCCUGUUCAUUGAAGCCACAUAUCUGUAUUAUUUUUGGUUCAAACUUUUUUAACAUGCAAAAAAUCUAGCCAUAAUGUUCAAAAGUAGUGUACUACCUAAAAUUGUUUGAAAUGCAUAUAUUAACGAAACUGGGACUGUCAAUUACUGAUUCCUGAGUAAAAAUGAUUAUUUAUUUCAUAUUAUUAAAAAAAUAUUGUUUUGUUUCUUUCGCUACAAAGAAACUUAUGAAUUAGAAUACUUAUAAAUUAAUCAGUGCAUUUCUUUUUAAAUUUUAUUUAACUGUUAGACUGAAUUUUAGUCUUCAUCAUUAUGUAACAAUUUUAAAAAUAUAUGAUUUUCUUACCUAUUACAGUAUAAAAGUUUAAAAUUAUGUACUUAUUGUACGAAGCAUUUGAUCAGAAUAUAAUUCUGAAGAACUAUUUUAUAGUUGUUUAUCACAAAAUAGAUUGGUAUAGAAAACAAUUUGUACUUUUAAUUAAUACUUUCUUCAAAUUCAAAGCAGUGCCUGUUAAAAGAUACCUGGAGAAAUAUAUAAUUGUAUCAACUUAGAUUAAGAAUUGGUCUCCGCUGCGCUCCAACUAGAUACCGCACUACUUAAGAAUGUGUAACAUACACUUCGUGUUAUUUUACAUUGAAAUAAAUAAAAUACAAAAUACUUUCUGAUGAAAUGUGAUCACAGUGUCUUUCUUAUUUCUUGUAGUGUUAUUUUUGCAAAGAUUUACUACGCAACCCGGCAUUUUAGUUUCAAUUAUUAGCAAAGUUUAACAGAACAUGUGGCACGUCAACGUCACACACUGUUCGAGACUCGGGUUCGCCCACUUAGGCGUAGUAUUAGUAGUAGUGUCUAGUUGGAGCGCAGCAGAGACUAAUACUUAAUCUAAUUGUAUCACCAAUUGAACUUGAUAAGGUUUUGGUCAGUUACUGUACGGUGUAUAUCCAUAUCUAGCUACCGUUCUUUAUUUACUGUUUUUUGUUAACUGUGAGUCUGACUGCGAUGGAUGUUAGGUUAUACAUUCAAAAUAAAUAAAGAGAAUAUUUUUAUUAAA